AUGGCUUCCGUUUACAAGUGCGAUAACUUAUUCUACUACGUUUUUCAACCCCCGAAUAUUGCACCAGAACCCCAUGACCCAACUCCCCUUUUCGUUCAACUUGAAGUAACCAUCACCCUUGAACUCGAUUUCAGCCGCCAUUAUUGCUCAAUCGACCGCUUCACUUACCCCAACGCCGAACCUUUCUUCUUCCAAGAAACCAUUCGUUUCGACCUCCACAUUGUGAAAGACCACGACUGGGUUACACAAAUUCUUGGUUCCAUGCUGACAAGAGUGGGAAUCAAUCCUUGCUCUCUUGUGUUUGACAAUGUCCUUGGUGAACUUAUCGAACUUGGACUUAGACUCUCAAACUGUACGUCCAGUAUGGGUUGUAUAGUCUUGCCAUUACAUGCAGAGUUAUGGGGAAUACUUGUGGAACAUGUAGACGAGGAGGUGUCGAUCACAAGAGCUUUGGCGGAAUCGAAAUCGGAGUUUGAAACGAGUGGUUCAGGAGAAGGAGUCAUAGGUUUAGAAGACGCUCGAGUCGAAGGUGGAGAUCAGUGCGAUCAAGAGGGUGAAGAAAGCUGCUGUGUGAAGCCGCUGAUGCAGGUCUGUGAGUCUGGUUUCUGCAAGGACAGCAUGUGUUUGAGUGGAAUCAGUGUUAUGCAGUUUCAAUUGCUGAAUGUGGCUCGUUGGAGGGGUUUUUAUGAAGGUCUGGUUGCAAUGGGAUGUUCACGGGGUGGUUUCAGAACAUAUGGCUGA